CGAGAAAUCCUUUUGAGACUACUUUUUAGCGGUCCAGUCCAUUCCUGGCUCGUUUGGACAAAUCUGUAAGCAUGAACUUGUGACAUCAAUCAAUCAAUCUACUGUUCUUACAACAUUAUGGACGCACCCCAGCAAUGCAUGAGCUUACCGCAUUUGCUGUCUUUGCCGACAAGGGCCCGCGAGCUCAUUUUAGGCGGGAAGUUUAUCAAACACGCUGUUAGCUAUCGUGUUGUGUGCAAAGACUUUAAGGAUGCAUUCGACAGCACUGUUUCCGAAGCCCACCUGAAACUCGGCGAGGAAGCGGUGGAGCGAUGGGCCAGCGGGCAGGCCUCCCCCCUCGCACGGUUUCCGAGCUACGUGAGCCUCACAUUACAUCUGGAAGAAGACGAAGAUCCCGAAGUGCUCAUCGGCCUGGCUCUUUUCGGCACCGCGCCCGAGGCUCGGCAGCAACUCACCCGCGUGCGCAUUACCAAGGCCGAUAAGUACACGGCCCUCAACACGCUGUGCGUCGUGGAGGCGCUGCUUGCGGCGCAGCUGUCCGGCCUCGAAGAGCUGGAGCUGGAGAACACUUGCACCUCAGACCACCUGACUACCGCCAGGAGCAGCGCGCGCACGGCCAUCGUGCUGGCCAGGCUUGCCGAGGGCCUUCCGCGCCUUCGGCGCCUCCGGCUGCCACUGCCGGGCUCACACGGCCUGGUGCAACUGAGGUCGCUGUCCAGCUUAGCGCAGCUUCGCGAGCUGAUACUCGUGACAGGUCUGGCAGGAGGGCUGACCACCAGCGAUGGCCUGGCGGCGCUGCAGCAGCUCUCUCAGCUCGAGCAACUGGCGCUUCUUAAUUUCGACCUGCCGAGCGAACGCAGCAUAGAGCUGGUUCAACAGCUGAUGAGCGACCGCCGGCCGUCCGGUGUGCGGCGCCUGACGUUCCUGCGUGAUGCGUACCCGUUCGGCGGUGCCUGCAUCACGUACCAGCGACCCCACCCGUCGCUUGCUGUGCCUUCGACUGCGGCGGCAACCCGGUUUGUGGGUGCAGGGGCGGCAGCGGCAGCGAUGCGGCUAGGUCCGUCGUCAGCGCUGGCGGCGGCGGCGGCGGCAGCGCCAGGAGCGCCGCUGUGUGAGAUCCAGCGCGUGGAGCUGAACGGGCGGUGCAACUCGCGUGUUGAGAUUGCGGGCAUUGUCGGGGCGGCGGCGGACCGCCUGGGGCAACGCAGCAUUCCGGAGCUGGUCAUCAAAGACAUAGAUUCGGACGGGUCAGCAUCAAUGCAAGAUGGUUUAGCGCAGCUGGUGGCGCGCUGCGAGCGGGUGGAGUGGCGCUGCCUCAACUUGUGGAAUCACCGCUUGGACGCCGCCCGCCCCCUCCUGGCGCUGCUGGGGCUGCCGCAGUCUUUGAGGCUGUCGUGUGGCAAGUGGAGCUGGCGGGAUGACGUGAUGGGCGGCGGCCGCAGGUACCGCCAGGCGGCCGCGGCGGCUACGGCGGCGGCUGCUGGGGCGGCGACCGCGGCCGGCGCGGCGGGCUCAGCAGGAGCGGAGCAGCCGCCGCGCCCGCCGCUAAACCUGGACUUGGGCGCAGUCGACCCGGAGUGGGUGGUGCGAGAGGUACUCGACCGGCUGUGGGCGCGGGGGCUGGGGAAGCAGGCGGGGCAGGGCGGCGACGCCUGCAGCAGCGACGACUCCUAUGGCAGUGUUGAUGACAGCGAUGGCAGUGAUGAUGACAGUGGUAGCGCUAGCGACAGCGGCAGCGGCAGUGGCACUCCGUCUAGCGGCAGUAGCAGCAGCGGCGCCGCAGCCGCUGCUGGCGGCAGUAGCAAUGGAAGCUCGAGCGCGCACGUGGGCGGCGUGGGUCCGGCGCUUAUGAUCCUGCGCGGCGUGCUGCCGUCAAGGGGUCACGUGCUGGUGUAUGAUGAUGUUUGGGAUAGAGCAGUCCACAAGUGCUUCGGCAGUUUGGACCCCAGCAGCAAACGUCUCGUGAAUGACCCCGGCCACGAGGUGAUGACGGUGCCGCUGACGUGCACGGCGGUGGUUGGUUACGAGUCCCGCACCGACGCGGCGGCGGUGCUGGCGCUGCUGCGACCGGGCAUGGAGAAGCGUGUGGCCGUGGUGCCGUUGCCGCCCGGCGAAUCGACGAUCCCCAUUGAUCACCUGCGCCAGUGCGUGUCCGAGGUGCUGUUGGAGGUGUGGGCCAGGUCGGGCGGCCCGGGCGGGAGCAUCGGUGCUGGGGCCGGCAGCGGCGCCGAGGGCAUGAGCAGCAGUAGGGUUGGCGGCAAUGGAGGCAGUAGCGGUGUAGGGAACGGCGGGGGCCAGGGCAGCAUUGCUGCCGGCGGCAGUGGCACUAGUAGCGGCCGCCAGGGGGUGAUGCUGAGUCCGGAGCUGCAGGAGCGACUUGAGAAGCUGCUGGAGCUGGACAAGCAGGUGGACGAGAUGUGGCAGGUCCAUUACAUACUUGAUUGAUUCAUUGCAUGGCAGCAAAGCAGCACGCUGGCACAAGCCUGGGCAGUAGGGCUUGGGGUGGGAGGGCAGGCUGACACCGGUCGGCAGGUAUGCUGCGUGGGGGUUGGUCGACAUGAGCAAUGGCCGUGCGCAUGUUGCAGGUGGUACGGCAGGAAACGCCAGAAAGAUGCGGUAAAGGCUGACGACUGGGUAUGUAGGCAAAUCGUGUUGGUAUUGCUGGUGGGAGGGGUUGUAGAUACCAGCCCAACUUAAACCGAACCCCAUGCGAUAGGGUUGCAGUGCUGUUGCGGGAGUGCGGGGAGCUGCGGCGAAAGGCAAGGGUGGCAUAGUGACAUGCGGCUGUGCAGAACGUGGCUGGUUGACGCAAGGACUGGACACACGCACACGUGCACACGGGACAUGCGUACGGUCCUUGCAGUAUGUUUGUGGCCAAUGCAUAUCUUUGGACUGUACUGUACAUACGGUAACACGCAGUUUGGACUGUUUCACGUGAUGUAGUAUGAACACUGUUUACCGCAUUGAGUUACG